UGCUGUCUUCCAGGCGAGGACGCCGUACGGCCUGCUAUUUCAGAUAGCCAUCCACCUCUCCAUAUUACUCCUUCGACAUGACAUCUGCCUUUUCUCUCCUCCAACUACCGAGACAUGCUCAAACUAGAGCAAUUGGACACUUGGAUUUUGGAAGCAUACUAUCAUUUUCAAUGUGCUCCGAGGAUUGCAAGGCGUUAAUUCAAGACAUGAAAAUCGAUUCCCGCAAAUGCAAAAUUGUCGUUUUAUUCUCCGAGUCAAAUAGGAUAGCACUCCAUUUUGGGAAUGACAUUGCAGAUUUCCAAGAUUUUCACAGCUCGCAAUUAGAGCCAACGGAAACUGUCUCUGUGGUGUUUUCUACGGAACAACUGUAUAACGUUGCAAGUGGCAAAUGGAAAUUGCCGGUUUCCUUUGGCUCUUGGAAGAUAUUGCCGUUUAUUCAACAUUUCUACAGCCUUCUAGGCCGGCCUGAGCUUAAUCUUUACUUUCGUGGCCCCGAGCAACACCCAAGACAACUUGAUGCGCUUGAGAAUGUGUUUGAAGAUAUGAAGAUCAGCAGAAUGACCUUGAACCGGGAAUCUAUAGAUUUUUCCAACGAGCAGAAGACACUCUUCGACAAGCUUCUGGUACCUGUCACACGAAUCAACCUUUUUCAAACUGUUGCUGAAAAGUUUUUGAAAUCAGGUCAUAAGGUUCUGAUUAAAAAUCACGACCACCUAGGAGUCUCGGAUCUUUGCCUUAACGAUAUUCUUUCCAUAAACAGUGAAUUCGUCAGCGUACAGAAUUACGGUGGCAAAUUUACAGUAAAGGACCUAAACUUGUACCUGAAGCACUGGAUAAAUGGGUUGAACCAUAAAACAAGGUACAUCGAAGUUGCAUCCCUUUUGAUCAGUAAAAUGAGCAGACCCGCAUUUUUCAAAGCUAUCUUCUGUGGUAUCGAGUACGCGAAGACGCGGGAGUACGUCGAGGCAGCCAGAUAUAAGGAUUCUCUUAUAAAGUAUCAUGGGCAAAGAGAGAUGACCAGAGGAUUCACGAUCAAUCGGAAGAAUGGGACAACUGCAUAUGUCUAUUUUCAUAUUACUCAUCCCCUGGUGUCAUCUUUUCAUUUCAUAUUGGCUAUUGAAUAAUUUUUCUGAUGAAUUUUGGAUCUAUAAUUGUUUGUUGGCAGCUUAGAAUCGAUUUUUAGUAAAACUAUACACCUAUUUUUGGAUAAAAAGAGAGUAGCGGACCAAAUAACCUCCAAAACUCGCUAAACCAAGUAUCUUCAAAGUGGCGUAUCUUAAAAAAUACAAGUCUGAAAAACAAUUGCACAACUAACAAAAUGAUCAGAAAUAUUUGUUCUUUCUACUACAUUAAUUUGUAUAUCAACACACCAACUAUUUGUAGAGUUACACAGAGUCAAAGCCAUUUUUCCAAAAAUUUUGAAAACUCUUUUGUUGUACCCUUCAUACCUCAAUUUCCAUUGAAUUUUAGGAAAUAAAUUUUGUUGAAUUGUGA